AUGAGCCAGUGCUUGGUACCUGUGUUUGGGUGCCACGGAUGGGACGUUACAACAGUCGAAGGUAUCGGCAGCCACCACAAAGGCUACCACCCCUUGCAGGUGUUGCUGGCUUCAUACAAUGGUUCCCAGUGUGGAUACUGCUCCCCUGGAAUGGUCAUGAACAUGUACAGUUUAGCAGAAAAUAAAUCAACGAAUCUGACAAAAAAAGGAAUUGAACAAUCUUUUGAUGGCAACAUAUGUCGAUGUACAGGAUAUCGUCCAAUUUUAGAAGCCUUCAAAACUCUUGCUACUGACAGUGAAAAGCAACUUAAGUGUCAAGACAUUGAGGAUAUGCUGAAUGACUGCCUGAGUAAUUCCAAAUUCCCCAAAAGAUGUAAUAGUGCUGAGGAAUGUAAAUAUAGUUGUGUAUUGAAAACUCAGAAUGCAGAACCACAACAAGUAUCAACUGUUUCAGAUUUAAUUCUGGUAAAUUCAGCAGUUGGCAAAUGGUAUCGUGCUACAACAAAGAAUGAAAUUUUUGAUAUUCUCAAAAGUAUUGGAGGAGAAACUUAUCGAUUUGUUGCAGGAAAUACUGCUCAAGGUGUUUACAAAGAUGAAACCACGUACCAAAACUUGAUAGAUAUCAGUUGUGUGCCAGAACUGAAAACAUUUGAUGUUAGCAGUGAACAACUAACUAUAGGAGUGAACUUGAGUCUGUCAGAACUGAUUCUCCUCUUACGGUCCUGCAGCAGUUCCUCACAGUUUCACUACACAGCAGCACUGGCUGACCAUAUAGCUCUUGUUGCUAAUCUGCCUGUUAGGAAUGUUGGUACUUUAGCAGGCAAUCUGUGUAUCAAGAAGCUUCACCCUGACUUCCCAUCUGAUUUAUUUGUGAUACUGGAGACAGUUGGUGCAAAAUUAUUAUUUGAAUCAGAAACCGGGAAUAUCCAGUCAACCAGCAUGACUGAGUUCCUGUCAAUGGAUAUAAACAAGGUGCUGCUGACUCAUGUGGUGCUCCCUGCGUUAGACAACACAACAUACGUAUUCAACACUUUCAAGAUAAUGCCUCGCACGAAGAAUGCCUAUGCCUAUGUAAAUGCUGGAUUCCUAUUCAAAGUUGACAAAGAAGCCAAAUUCAGAGUUUUAGAAAAACCUUCAAUAGUGUUUGGAGGAAUUUCUCCCACUUUUGUUCAUGCUUCUGAAACAGAAAAGCUGAUUGAGUCAUUGGGCAAUGAAGGCAAGGGAUUACUUGAGGAGGAUGUGUUGAAGUUUGCUUUAGAAUCCUUGGAGAAAGAAAUCAAACCAGUGCCAAUGCCACCUGUAGCAGACCCCAAGUAUAGGGCUGGUUUGGCUGUGGCUUUGUUUUAUAAGUGUAUGUUGAGCCUGUCUCCACAGUCAGUAGCACCUCAGUACCGCAGUGGAGCUACUAUGCUCAGUCGGCCAGUCUCCUCGUCCAAACGACAAUAUGACACCGACAAAACUGUCUGGCCUGUCAAUAAACCUGUGACUAAGGUAGAAGCAAUAUACCAAUGCUCAGGGGAAGCUCAGUAUGUGGAUGACAUACCUGAACUGCCUGGAGAGCUGCACGGAGCUCUGGUGCUCACUACAGUUGGCCAAGGAACGAUCACUUCCAUCGACUCCAGCCAAGCUAUGAGCUUGCCAGGUGUGGUUGCCUUUUACUCUGCCAAAGACAUCCCUGGAGUAAACAGUUUCACCUCUGGCUUUCCUGAUGAUGAACCCGUUUUCUGUGAUGACAAGGUAUUGUACUGUGGCCAGCCUGUGGGAUUGGUGGUGGCUGAGACUCAGAGCCUGGCAAAAAGAGCUGCUGCCAUGGUCCAGAUCCAGUAUUCCAAUGUCACAUCUCCUGUCCUCGAUAUGAAGCUGGUCAUCGCUAACAGUGAUGCUGCACGUAUAGUCCAACAAGCAGAGAUUACCCCAGCAGUCUCCUCAGAUACUGGAGAGGAGACAAUUAGUGUUGAGGGUUCUGUAGAUCUACAUGAACAGUAUCAUCUAACCAUGGAGCUGCAAACCUGCGUGUGUGUGCCCAUUGAGGACGGUUUAGACCUUUACUCCAGCACUCAGUGGAUGGAACAUGUACACAAUGCAGUAUCUAGAGUCUUAGCAAUGCCUGCACACAGGAUUAACAUGAAGGUGCGUCGUCUAGGAGGAGGUUAUGGUGCUAAACUGACCAGAUCUACUUGGGUUGCAACACAGUGUGCUGUUGCAGCAAAAUUGUCUAAUCGGCCUGUACGGCUUGUACUAAACCUGCAAACUAAUAUGGAGACUAUGGGCAAACGUUACAGUUGUUUCACUAACUAUAAGGCAAAUGUUAACAAAACAACUGGUAAAAUUGUACAUUUGGAGGGAAGCCUGUAUGAGGAUGCAGGUUGGUCAGAGAAUGACCCAGUGGUGGAAGGCACAUUGGCCAUGUUACCUAGUGCAUACGAUGCCUCCACAUGGAAUGUUAAGGGCAGUAUUGUCAAAACAGACAAGGCAUCCAAUACCUGGUGUAGAUCUCCAGGCUCAACAGAAGCUAUAGGUACAAUAGAAGUAAUAAUGGACAAUAUUGCGUGCACUACGGGGUUGGAUCCAAUCCAAGUCAGGUUGGCCAACAUGGUGAUGUCAGAAUCCAGCCCAAUACCUGCCAUGGUCGAAGAGUGGAGAAAACUGACUGACUACGAUGCCAGAUUAGAAGAGAUAAAUAAAUUCAAUCAAGAAAACUGUUGGAAGCAGCGUGGUAUCAGCUUAGUACCCAUGACGUACAAACUGUUUCUGGCCAGUAGAUACAAUGCUGCAGUCACAAUAUACGCUGUUGAUGGCACAGUGGCUGUCACACAUGGUGGUAUAGAGUGUGGUCAAGGCAUUAACACCAAGGUUGUGCAGGUGUGUGCCUAUGGUCUGGGUAUUGACAUGUCCCUAAUACAAGUGAAGCCCACUGAUAUCCUUACCUCACCCAACAACGAAGGCACAGGAGGCAGCGUGUCCAGCGAAUCUGUGUGUUUUGCAGUCAUGGAAUGCUGCAAGAAGUUGCAGGAAAGGCUGGAACCUAUCCGUAAACUUUUGCCAGCCAACUACUCUUGGCAGGACCUCAUACAGAAGGCAUACUCAGAGCAAGUCAAGCUUAAUGCCACCUACUUGUUCACCCUUAAAGACAAUGUCAAGGACUAUGACAUUUUUGGUGUAACGGUAGCUGAAGUCGAGGUGGACAUACUCACAGGGCAACAUCAGGUGACAAGAGUAGACAUUCUUGAAGAUGCAGGAGUCAGUCUAAGCCCUGAAGUUGAUGUAGGGCAAGUGGAAGGUGCGUUUGUGAUGGGGCUGGGGUACUACACCCUGGAGAAUCUGCUGUACAGCCAACAGGGGGCACUGCUCACCAAUCGGACCUGGAACUACUAUCCACCGGGACCAUUAGAUAUCCCAAUUGAUUUCCGCAUUCAACUGAGAAAAAACGCUCCCAAUCCAUUAGGAGUUUUGCGUUCCAAAGCGACAGGAGAACCCCCCCUGUGUAUGUCAGUGGCUGUACCCUUGGCAGUAUGUCAGGCCCUGAGACUGCCUGCCUCUAGAUCUGGCCCUGGCUCCUUCCUACAGGCUUUCAGUACUCCUUUAUCACCAGAGAAGACAUUUUUAGCUUGCAAGAAUGACAUCAGCUUUUAUAAAUAUUCAUAGAAUGUUUACCAUUAGAUAUUAGUAUUUAAUACCUCUACUGUCCUUGUAUUAGGUUACCCGACAACCCAACAUAUUACCAAUCUAUGUGUUCUUUACAUCUGCUCUCUGAACUGGGAGUAUUUUUUUUAGAUGGCAUGUGAUUUUAGCCAUUUGUGAACGUUUUGUAACAAUAUUGUAUACCAAUUAAACUUCAGCUAAUAUAAAACGUAACUUUUCAGAAUAUUUCAAACAUAGUAAGCAUAUAUCAGAUACAUAUUUUUUCAUUUUUCAUACUUAAGAGGAUCAGAGAAUAAGCAAAAUUGUGACUGUCUCUUAUUUUAGGUUUUGCAUGUCUAGGAGCACUUUUGUUCAAAUGAAUUAUAUUUCCAACACCCCAGUUGAGUUUAUCUUAUUGUCCUGAUCAAGAAAAUAUAUACAUAGAGAAUUGAAUAAAUCUUUAUUCAUGAAAAUAAUUUUAUUAUGCAUAUGAAUGAAGUCAGGUUUAAUUUUUAAAGCUAGUUAAGUCUUGAAAAUUUACUUUUGUCGAAAACCAUCUACUUCUGGUCUUUGUAAACUACUUCCUAUCUUCACUACUUUCAUUGGACUUCAACAAAUAUUUGGAGAAGAUCAUAAGCCAAAUCUGUCCGGCCGUUCUUGAGUUUAGCACUUAGCAAUACAACUGAUGAAUGCAGACUCUGUGGAGAAGCAGAAGAAUCAGCGGAGCAAGUAUUGCUAAGUUUUUUUUUCUGUUGUUUACAAAACUAGGACAAUAUUCACAUAGGUUUAUUUCCAGAAGUCAAAGGAUAUUAUAAAACAUGAGCCCACAAAUCUACUCAGUUUAUGCAGAAGCCUCAGAUUUGAAAGGGAUAAAGCUGCUUAAGGGGGUGCAAAUAAGGUCCUAUUUGGACUAAGUGCUUCAUGGUCCUAGACUCUACCUUAAAUAAAAACACACAUUUAGCAAUUCAUUUUUAUUUAUGAUUAUCGAUUAAGCCUGUGAAUGCCAACAUCCGAUUUUACCGGAUGUCAAAAAUUGACUGAAAAGUGGCAUCGUCUGAUUUUACUGAACGUCAAAAGUUGGCCGAAAAGUGCCAAUGUCCGAUUUUACCGGCCGUUUCAGAAGAAAAUCACUAAAAAUCGAAAACUUUAUAUUUUUAAACUAAUAUUAUAUUAAAUUGUUUGUGAAGAAUUGUUCUUUUCAAGUAUGUUGAUAGUUUAUGAAAUAAUUAAACUGUGCAUUUUUUACUGAAACCUUGCAAAAUACCUUCAAAAGGGCUGGCACUUUUACGUGCACCCACUAGAAAUAUACCUGGCACUUUUCAAUACACCCACUCAAUAAAUACUUGGCACUCAAAGGGUUCAUAUGUUUUGGUUGGCUCCCUGAUAUCAUGAAAACAGUUCUGUAAAUUUUAAUAUAUGUUUCUGUAAAGGACAAAAUUGUAGUUUGGGAAUUAUUUCAUAUUAUAGUUCCAAUUUUCUCAAAUAUAAGAAACAAAACUUAUGUUUUCUGAAAGUUAUUUGAAUGUUAUUACCAUAUAACAAUGUUUUGUAUCUUUGAUAGUAUUUUGUCUCAAUAUUGUAUAGUAAAGAAAGAAAACAUCUGUGUUUUGCGUAAAAUACCAUAAUAGUUUUCAAAUGAAUUUUUAUUCCUGACACAAUAGACAUCUCACGUCAACAGUUUAUUAGGUUUUAGUUUUGUUUAACCUUAAGUCUCAAGGUUCUGAUGAACAGGAUAGAUUCCAAUGAUAUAAUAGGAGACUAUUUAGUUUAUAGAAGUUAUUUAUAGUUGGAGUGUUAUGGAACAAUUUAUUGCAUACUGCAUUUAAAUGUGCCUUAAUUAAACUUAAAUAUUAUUUAUCUGAUAUUACCUUAGUAUUACAUUGUUUUCAGUGUCAUAUAUUUCGUACAUUUUUGUAACAUAUAAGUAGAUUAUUUCAAGAAACCAUGUUUAAAUUAGCUAUGCUAAUAGGAAUUAUAUCCAUAAUUAUACCAAAAGUAUUAUGAAACAUUCUGGUGCUAUGUAUUUUGGUUCAUUAAUAAAGUACUACAAAGAUAAA